UGGCCCAAGGCUGUCCAAUCCUGCUGCGUCGCAUGCUGGGGGGCCCGCGUCAAUCUGCGGCCCACCCCCUGCCCACAAGCCAAAGCGCUCUGGACUUCGUUCUCGUUUUCCUCAGCAGCAUCGCUCGCGGAACCUUGGCACCCUGGGCAGCACUGUUGUGAAGAGCCCGACGGGAAUGGCUUCGAGCAAGGCUUCAAGCAUACUCGUCGCGAUUUCAAGCAAGCCCGCCAUGCGUGAAUCCGUGACCGAUGACGAGAAAGUAGAGACGAUGUCUGGUCAAAUCGCAGCCUCAGGCUGAUACCACAGGCCCCCCAAGAAAAUGUCAGAAGACUAUGUCGUACAGGGCCCGCUUUUGGGCUCUGGCCUGAAUGGAGAAGUGCAAAUUGCAGCGAGCAAGCAACAUCCCUCGGGUCAAGAGUGCGCCAUGACGGCUUUCAAGCUUGCACGGGUAGCCCCCGAUGGGCGCAGAAUGUUGGUGUCGGAGGUUGAGGUGUUCGUAUCAUUGGGUCAUCCUCACGUUGUUCGGUUUUAUGACGUUCGCGAAGAACUUGAUAUAUUGUAUCUGAUCACGGGAUGCAUAGAGGGUGGCGAGUUGAUGGAUCGUGCAAUCGAGCUCAAGACCUUCAAGGAACAUGAUGCUGCACAUGCAGUUGACCAGAUGCUGCUGGCAGUGACCUUCACAGCCACGACAUGGCCCCUAGGGAUUGUAUGUUCGAAUCUUUCUUGAACAAUGCAUAGGACAGUAAUCACAUCAAGCUGGUUAAGUUCGGCUUCAGUGAUAUGUGCGACCCUAGCGUAAAGAUGAAGGUGAGCUGUUGGACGCUGUCAUAUGAGGCUCCAGAAGUGCUGCUUUACAGUCACAAAGACAAGUGUGAUCGAUUGAGCCUGGGAGUCAUCGCCAUUAUACUGCUAGCUGGUUGCACACCCUUCUCGGUUUCAGACGCAGAACAGCGCGGGAACAUCACAGCUGCCAAUUUUACUAUGAGGCCAGAGCGUUGGGGCAAGGUGUCAGUUGAGGGCAGGGACUUCACCUUUGGC